AAGAUGCUGGCAGCCUGUGACAGAGACCACUGUUCAGAAUUGCUGGAGGAAGGCUGGGUUCUCUGCUGAGAUGCAAGCCACUGAGGACAACACUGUCCCUGAAGUCCAGUCUGAGCUUGCCCAGGAGAUUCAAGAGCUUUCAGAACUUGACAAGGAUGCACCCGUCUACAUGCAGCCAUCUGAAAACACAGAGCAAAUUGUGCAGGUGAUUGCCGAGGAGUUGACCAGCAAUGAAGCUGAAGCUGAAGCUGAAUCUGAGGAUGAUGAUGACGAGGGCGGUGCCAGUCCCACUGCAGCUGUCCAACCAUCCACAUUGGAAUUGUUCCAGGCUUUGGAUGCAUUGCGUUGUGGUCUGUAUGCUGGAAAAACUGACGAUCGCCUUCACCACCAUGUUGCGGAGAUUGAGAACUUCCUCCUGUCUAAGAAGGCUUCGAGAGCACAGCAAACACCGCUCACUCAAUUCUUCUCAAAUCAGUAAUGUUUGACUGAAGAAAAUGUACAUACACGUACAGUACAUGUAUUGUAUUGCUCUUUUCAUUGAAAGAAGCAAGUGUGCAGAAUGUGACUCCACUAUUACUGUAUCGGAUACUAUAGGUACUGGAAAAGGUCCUUUUGCAUAGAAAAAUCCACCAUUAUAAGCAGUAUAUUACAAUAACUGAUAAUUAUUGUAUAUAAUAAUAAUAUGUAUUGAGUGAGUAAUGUUUUGAUUAUGAAUAUUGAACAUCCUAUUCCAAUAUCCGAUGUACUACCUUGUCCGGUCACCUUAUAGACGAUACAGACUGUACCUUUAGGAUUGGCCGUGACAUCAGGAGCUUUUAUGUGAUGAUGUCUAUGCUUGUAGUGAAUAGCUCAAACUGGAUACAGCUACGCGUGGCGUUUCAUAUACGGUCACACUCUGUAAAGAGUGGAGGAUGCCCGUAUAGUAGAUAUGAUUGCAUCACUGGUCCCUCGUUGGAUUAUUCUCUUAGAACUAUGAAUUAAGAAACUUUUAACUCCUUGAUUAAAUAAUCUUCAAGCAUCGUGCUGAUUUUAAGUUUAAGAACCAGGCAAAAUAUAAUUUUUGAACAUGAAGCAUGGAGGUAAUUGUUGUUUGGAAU